GCUAACCAGAACAUAGCUAAAAGCAUACCCAUAUUACUCUGUAUUGAGCUGGUAUCGAAUAACUCUGAUGUGUAAAGCUGUACGCAUUGUGUUCAUUAGUGAUUUGCCUGUCAUCAAGUUAAAAUACAAGUUAUUCCUUUCUACAUUCCACUGCAUAUGAUGAUAUCAAGUUGGUCAUGUUCAGGAUGAAAGCCUUUGAAAGGACCUAAAAAUCAUCGUGCUCUCCACAGCUUCAUCUUCUUCUUGUGUUGAUCUCAAUUUGCAUAAUAUAUUUUCUUUCUGAGAACUGCAAAGACAGUUUCUUCUUUUGUUCAAUGGCCUUUCCUCUGCAGCUUGUGGUGGGAAUUAUGGGAAAUAUAACUUCACUUGCACUUUUGCUGUCACCUAUGACAACAUUCUGGGAGAUAUACAAGCUUAAGUCUACCCAAGAGUAUUCUGGACUUCUAUAUGUGUGUACCUUGUUUAACUGUUGUCUUUGGGUACUUUACGGAGCCCCAUUUGUUAAACCCCACAGCACUUUGCUCCUCACGAUCAAUGGUACAGGCUUAUUUUUGGAGAUAUUUUAUCUUCUGUCCUUUCUAACAUUUGCCCCCAAGCAGAAGAAGGUGAAAACAGUGCGGUUAGCCAUUGCAAUGAUGGCUGCUUUUGUCAUGGUGGUUGCGGUUACAAUUUAUGGCCUGCACACAUAUAAUGUCAGGCAGUUAGUGGUUGGCACUUUAGGUGUGAUCCUUUCGAUUGUUAUGUAUGCCUCCCCGUUAUCUGUCGUGGGAGAUGUUAUGAGAACCAAAAGUGUUAAGUACAUGCCAUUUUUGGUCUCUCUAUUCAGUACUCUAAAUGCACUUGUCUGGUCUGCAUACUCUGUAAUAGCCAAGGAUAUCUUUAUAGCUGUGCCCAAUGGCAUUGGCUUCCUUUUAGGAGUAACUCAGCUCGUUGUUUACCUCAUUUACAGAAGCUCAGAGCCUAUUUUACCUAUAUCUACAGAACUUCAUAAACUUCCAGAAACCAAAAAGAUAGAUGAUGUAUUUGAUCUGGCUAUCGAUAUAAUGGAGGUUGAAGCCACAAAUGUUCUCAAUGUGGAUGCAGUGAAUUUUAUUAUUGCUGAUCAAAUUUGAUUUCAUUCUCAUUGAUCAAUGAGUAACAAGGUCUAUAGAGUCUCCUCAGACAAUCAGACUCUGUUCAAUUGCAUGAAAAACAGCAUUAGCAGAAAAACAGGAUGAAUCCUAUGAAAGAGAGAGAAAUAGAGAUUUUACGUUGAAUCAAUGUAAGAAAAUUAUAUGGAAUUGGACAUUAAGCAGGCUGUCGAGAAAAUAAAUGAGAUUAUACCAAUCUUAUGCAACCUUUAAAAAAAUUGGGAUAAGAUGCAAAGAACCAAUUUCCAAUGUUUGUUCGAUUUGUGAAUUGAAGACAGCAAAUAUGUUUUUUUUUUUGUCAGAGUUUAGCGCUUGGGAUCUUCAUUGUAAGCUUUUAAUUCAGAGUUUAGCGCUUGGGAUCACUCUAGAUAUUCCCUCCAUCACCUUGUGUAUGAACUGUUUCCUAAAAUAUCAGCCUUUCAAAUUGACCCUACCAAAAAGAUCUGUAUUUUUAGUACCUGUCUCUGCUGUACUAUAGAUAUUAUCUUUCUCAGUUUCCAAUUAUUUCUGACCAUCUCAAGCAAUAAAAAACUUUUAUAAUAUCAUGCAGUCGUCUCCAAUUACAAUUCCUUCAUGGUUGCAAGCUAAUGAAACCUGCCAAUUUCAUGGUUUUAAGGGAAAAUGAUCUGACAAAAGAAAAGGCUGUCACACAGCUAAGUUCGCUGCAGCAUGUCAAAUUCUUUUAUGACAAGAAAUGGGCCUUGUCACAAUGAGAUCGCAUUUCAAAAGUAUAAAUCAUCCUUAUCCAUUUAGAAAUAAGGCG